GCUCUGUCGUCAUACGUGCGCGCCGAGGAAGCAGAGAGCUGUUAUGGCGAGCUCAGCUGCCUCCUCCGUGCGACCGCCAAGGCCCAAGAAAGAGCCACAAGCGCUCGUCAUCCCCAAGAAUGCGGCGGAGGAGCAGAAGCUCAAGCUGGAGCGGCUCAUGAAGAACCCGGACAAAGCAGUUCCAAUUCCAGAAAAAAUGAAUGAAUGGGCACCUCGACCUCCCCCAGAAUUUGUCCGAGAUGUAAUGGGUUCAAGCGCAGGGGCUGGAAGUGGAGAGUUCCAUGUAUAUAGGCAUCUGCGCCGCAGAGAGUACCAACGACAGGACUACAUGGACGCCAUGGCUGAGAAGCAAAAAUUGGAUGUAGAGUUUCAGAAGAGACUGGAAAGGAAUAAAAUUGCUGCAGAGGAGCAGACUGCAAAGCGUCGAAAAAAGCGCCAGAAGUUAAAAGAGAAGAAAUUACUGGCAAAGAAGAUGAAACUUGAACAGAAGAAACAAAAAGAAGGAUCCAGUCAGUCCCAGGAGCAGCCAUCCAGUAGCUCUGAGGAGACAUCCGGAACGGAGGAGGAGGAGGAGGAGGAGCCCAGCUUCAUCAUGGGGCGAUGACAGGGUCGGCCCCAGGGCCUCAGAAAACCCUCAACAUAACCCAAGGGGAAAGGGGGCUGUUUCAGUUCGCUUUCUUUCUCAAGGCUUCACUGGAUAGAAGCAAGUGGGAAGCCAUCCUAACUGCUCAGAGCCCUGCCUAUCAUCAGGACUUGGAGCCUGUGAGACAGAGAGGACCAUCUCCUGGACACUGGAGGGCACUGCCAAGCAGAGUUCAUUAAUAUUCCUACUAAAAUGGGGGAGAUGUAUAAACUUCUAGUCCUGGUGCCUGUUCUCACACAAUUGGACUGUGAUGAGUUUUGGGCUGGUUUCUAUGAAAGGAAUAUUUAGUAAAAAACAGAAAAACUUUA